UAGAUAUGAAUUCGCAUGGAGCCGCUUUGUCUAAAUAUCUCUUUGGAACAGGAGAAAUGUGUAUUCAAGUGGUCUCUGCGAUUGAUUCAGUUAACAGCACAAGUUAAGGAAAGGAAAGAAAGAAAAGAAAGAAAAGCAACGGUGCUGUUGAUAUGCAUAACAGAAAUUGAGUCCGAAUUAAUGUGCACCACUUGCGUAGAUGAUUGUUCCAAUGAAAAGGUGGACGACUGUAAAGCAGAAUUUGCCUGUAUGACUAUACGGACAGUUGAUAAUGCCAAUCAGCCAGGCCUUCUUAAGUUCUGUUUACCGGAUUUACUUUGCAGUAGCGACUCCUUAUGCAAUUCGCGUAACGAAUCCGCUGGAGGAAACCUAACGUCUUGUUCGUUGGAAUGUUGCAAUACCACCUUAUGCAAUGCCGAAGUUGCGCCGACGACAGUCACCGAAGGGCCGACCACUACCGAGGAACCAACCACCACAGAGGCACCAACCACCACAGAGGCACCAACGACCACCGAGGCACCAACGACCACCGAGGCACCAACGACCACCGAAGCACCGACGACCACCGCAGCACCUACGACACCCGCACCGACAAUGAUCACAAUUAACCCAGGCAAAACUGUAAAACUUAGAUCGCCUGGUUUCCCUGGCAGCUAUCCACCUAGUACUACCAGAACGUGGGAUCUUGGUUCUCUCGCAGAAGACCGUUAUCUUAGACUAAAAUUUGAAAUUAAGGAGUCAUUCGAACUUGGACAAGGGGAUACCUUAACUUUCGAGCAAGGGGGGCAAGAACUUUUGAGCAUAACUAGUGAUUCUGAACUUAAGAGGUCCAGAUAUGGUUGUAAGUUGAGGGGCGGUGACGACGACGACGACGACGAUGAUGAUGAUGAUGAUGAUGAUGAUGAAGUUGCUGGACCCAAUUCUCUUCAUGGUUUUUUUCCGUUUGGAUUUGAAAAUAACGACUCAAAUGACUUGGAAGAAAUCUAUGACGAGUAUUUCUCAUCCAUCUAUCCAAGGGGAAGAAAAACGAAAUACAGAUAUGAAUUCAUUUGUGGAUCGCAAAGCAAUGAACCCAUAAUUGCCACGUUUACUUCCGAUGGCAAUGAUGGCCAGGAGAAAGGAUUUGAAAUCAGGGUCCAGAAUAGAAAACGCUACAGGGGAGACGAUCGUUGAUGAUUCCAGCUAGAGUUUUUUCCUUACCUUUUUCUGAUAAUUUGUAACGAGGUCUAACCUUUUCAUUCUGGUGGACGGCAAGUGGUACUGUAACUCGUGCUGAGAUUUGCUUAUACAUGUAUUAACCUUUGUAUGAUUCUCUAGAAGAAUAAACAGAAUGUGAUUUGCAAAA